AUGGCUCCUGGCUCGGUAGAGCCGCAUCUUAAAAUGUCUUCAAUGCUUUUCUACUCGCUGGCGGAUACGGAACAUGGGAUAGCGCAAAUGCGGAAAUGUCUCCAUUCGGAUCCCGACUCCAAAGCGUGUAGCCGCCUAUUCAAAAGAGAAAAGGCAAUAGCGAAAAAGUUGGCUAACAUCGAGAGUCUUCGCGAAGGACGGAAGUUCAGCAAGGCUGCUGAGAUCUUGGUUGGUAAUAAGGACGAAACAAGCCUUCUCGAAGAGAUAAAGGAUGAUGUGAAAGCGGCUCGUGAGACCGGCUACAUCCAUCCAAAAGCGCCAAACACACUCUAUAACAAUUUAGUCGAGAGGACUUGCGAAACAUAUAGACAGAUGAACUUGAAAAAAAAAGCACAAUCGUACUGCACAGAAGCCUUGGAGCUGAACCCCCACUCCCUCCCUGGCCUCCUCUCCAAAGCCGAAGCGCAGCUCGACGCUGAUGAAUUUGAAGCGGCUAUUCAAACCCUCAAGUUUGCCAGGGAGCACCACGACAACACUCAAGACAUUCAAUCCCUCCACCAAAAAGCUCAGAUCCUCCUUAAACGCUCGAAACAAAAGGACUACUACAAGAUCCUCGCUGUCGACCGUGAGGCGGACGACAGGACUAUCAAGCGUGCAUAUCGCAGGAUGACCAAACAAUUCCACCCGGAUAAAGCGGUUUCACAAGGUAUUUCCAAGGAGGAUGCGGAGAAGAAAAUGGCUGCUAUUAAUGAGGCAUAUGAAGUCCUUUCGAAUCCCGAAUUGCGCGCUCGUUUCGAUAGUGGUGAAGACCCUAAUAAACCAGAGGGCCAGAGCAACCCGUUCCAGGGCGGUCCGUUCGGACCUCAUGGAGGCCAGGGACGACAAUUCUUUUUCCAGCAGGGAAGCGGAGGCCCGCAUUUUAAGUUUUCAGGUGGAGGCUUUAAUUUCCCUGGAGGAUUUCCGUUUGGUUAA